UGCUACGUCUCUGCUUUGCUCCAAUUGCCCAAUUGCUCAUAACCCCGCGAUAGAUAGUCUCUCUCGUCCUUUUUCCUUUUCCAAAUGUCCUCGCUCCUCAGAUCCGUCACAAGACUCUCCUCCCGCGCCGUCGUCCGCUCAACACCACGCAUCAUUACAAGAUUCCAUAUUCAGCCCUUUAGCGUCAACACAGCAAAGAUGUCUGAGCAAUCCAUCGUCUUCACCAAGAACGCCCCGGCCGCUCUGGGCCCCUACUCCCAGGCCAUCAAGACCCCCACCGCCAUCUACUGCUCCGGCCAGAUCCCCCUCACCCCCGAGGGCACCUUCGUCGAGGGCUCCAUCGCCGACAAGACCAAGCAGUGCAUCUCCAACCUCAAGGCCGUCCUCGUCGAGGCCGGCUCCUCCAUCGAAAAGGUCGUCAAGGUCAACAUCUUCCUCGCUGACAUGGGCGAGUUUGCCGAGAUGAACGGCGAGUACGAGAAGUGGUUCACCCACAAGCCUGCCCGCAGCUGUGUCGCCGUCAAGACUCUGCCCAAGAACGUCGACGUUGAGAUUGAGUGCAUCGCCCUUCCUUGAAUGGCAAGAUGUGCCUUUCUGGGAGAGAGCUCGGUCUGUGAGGGAAGUGAGCAGUCUCUAUAGAUCACAAUGAAUACAAAAAACAAGUGAAACAUCC